AUGCGAGAUUAUAGCACUGAUAUUUGUGAAAGCUAUCCAGGAUCUUUAUUUUCCAGUUAUUUUCCACCAUCAUGGAAGCUACCAGAACAGUUAAAAGUCACAGCACCACAACAAGCAAAUUUGAAAAGCGAUAAGCGAAAUGAUAAUUCCCCUCCAGAAUCCGGAUUAAGUUACACAUCAAUUGGUGGUGGUAGCGAAUUAGAUGAUCAUUCACCAUAUCCGCCUGUGAACCAUGAUUCCAGCUCAGAUAAAGGCAUUCAUGAAAGUAAUCCACCCACUGGUGUUUGUAAAGCUUCACUAGUAAACAUUGCUGCUUCACCUAAAAAUGGUAUUUUUGUAUCAAUUGUACAAAUCAUUCUAGAAUCGCUCUUUAAUUCUGUUUGUUGCGCUCACAUGAAUAUCCGAAUGACAUCUGCUGCCUCCAGCCAACAUCUGGAGCAAGCUACCACCAAAAUUGCCAGAAAUCAUGUCCUUUUUAUAAAGAUAUAUGAUUGCAAAAUACUAUAUGUUGUUUAA